UAACAGAAAAAAAGUACAAAAAACAAAAAAAUUCGGAAGAAGAAGACAUUAAAUCACAUAACUGGCAGAAAACCAUUCUCAGUUGUUUGAGUAGAGGAAACUAAUAAGAAGAAUGAAGUUCCUGCAACACGCUUGGAGGUGUGGAUGGCUGGGUACUCGAAGGAUAACAAACCAAGUAAUGAUAAAGUUGCUGCGGUCAUGACACAAAUGAAGGAUCUUGGGGCGCAAUCCAAUGUUAUAGAUGAAGAAAUUAUCUCACAGGUUCUAGGGCCUGAGCGACCUAGUCGUGUUCGAACAUAUGGAUUGGGUCCUUCUCCGACUGAUGUCUUUGGAGGCAGAUACAGGCAAUCACAAGAACAAACUCGUAUCAUCCAAACGCAAGUCCAAGAGCAACUUAACCAAUAUAAAGCACAAAUGGAGAUUCAAAUGAAGGAGAUGAUGGAUGCUAUGCUUAAUCAACAAAAAGUACAAAUGGAGAUGCAAAGCACAAUCCAAGCUCAACAAGCACGAAUAGAGCAAUUGGAGUCUAAACAGGCCAUGGGUGGGCCUGUUGCACCAACUGCUACACAUGUGCAUUCACAACAACAAUCCCAUGCAUACACCUCCUCGUUUAAUUGCCAUUGUUCGUCCGAGGAAGAUUUGGUGAAUUAUGGAUAUGUUGAAAUUUUGAGUAAUGAGCGACAAGCUGAAGAAGUGAGCUUUUGGCACAUUAUGCAAGAAGAUUAUACUGGGAUAUGUUUAAGUGGGAUGUUUCUAAUAUAUGAAGGGGAGAAGAAACUGGAGAGCAAGAAUGUGGCAGUGGAGAAGUGGUGGAGAAGCCUACUAAAACCAUCCAAGAAGAGUUUUAUUAGGCAGUGCCAGAAGAACAUGAAAGAAGGGAACAUCAGGGGAGGAAAGAGGCGGCUAGAGGUGCGAUUAGGGAGGCUGUGGUGGCUAGUUCUAUAAUCCUUUUUAGUUUCACAAUUUUCAUGGGAUAAAGGCUUGUUUGAUGAUUGUUUUGAGUAUUUUUGUUGUAAUUGUUCUAGUGAACUUUGUUUUUAAUGUUUUGGGAUUCUGUUUUUGAAAACCUGGAUUGUAUUUUGUGUAUGAAAUGUGCAAUUAGUUAAA